AUGACAAGUGUCAUUUCUGCAAGAAAUUUGGACAUUUUCAAAAAGAUUGCCUUAAGCGUAAGGCAUGGUUCGAAAGGAAAGGGAUUCCUUAUGACCCGAACCAUAAAGCCAAAUGAAAGAUUUGUGUUCAUGGGGAACAGAGUUAAACCUUUAGUAGAAGCCAUUGGAACUUAUCGUUUAAUUUCAUAUAUUGGACAUCAUUUAGAUUUGUUUGAGACUCUUUAUGUUCCUUCAGUUUCUAGGAAUUUAAUUUCUUUGCCAAAACUGGACUCUUAUGCCUCCCAGGAUCGAACAAAAUCGAUAGCCCUCUGCCGUCCUCCCAAAAUCGAAACGCCGAACAAAAAACCCUCCGCCUCACCGCUGCCGUCACCACCGCCGCCUCACCGCUGCUGCUCACCACUGCCGCUCACCACCGGAGAUCGUCGCCUCACCACCGCUUCCACCGCAGCCACACCACCGCGUCCGCCAUUGCAGCGCCGCCUUAGCUUCCAGCAUCCCGCACGCCAUUGCACCAGCGCCACCGCCUCCGCCUCGGCAACGGCGACCACGCCUCCCCCUCCAUCGACGUCGCCGUCCGCCACCAGCUCCGGCCUCCAUCUCUGUCGCCGAAAUCGGCGCCGCCAGGGGAAAGACUAUAGGUUUCAGUUUCAACUAGGUAGUGGUGCAUUGCUUGGAGCGAGUUACAUCCAGAGUGUGACUCCAUAUUUAUCUCUGGGUGGUGAAGUAUUCUGGGCUGGCCAGCAUCGUAAAUCUGGCAUUGGCUAUGUUGCUCGGUAUAACACAGACAAGAUGGUUGCCGCAGGUCAAGUUGCUAGCACUGGAAUAGUUGCACUCAGUUAUGUUCAGAAAGUUUCCGAAAAGGUUUCUUUAGCAUCAGACUUCAUGUACAACUACCUCUCGAGAGAUGUUACAGCCAGCUUUGGUUAUGAUUAUAUUCUUCGACAGUGCCGUCUUAGAGGGAAAAUUGAUUCCAACGGCUGCGUUGCUGCUUUCCUGGAAGAGCGAUUGAACAUGGGCCUUAAUUUUAUUCUCUCUGCUGAGGUUGAUCACAAAAAGAAAGACUACAAGUUCGGGUUCGGGCUUACAGUUGGAGAAUAAUAGAAUGGGAAGCAUUUAUUAAUUAAAAUAAAUGAAAUAUUAAAAAAAAAA